AGAUGAUGCCUAAAUUUACACAUAUAAAACCAAGAUUAUCUAAUAUUACUGAAAUGAUUCCAAUCCUUUAGGGAUUCAACUAUGUACACUAAUUUUACGAAUGGAUCAUGGAAUUUAUCCAUUUGGAAUCAAUCGCAUCUAUUCUCCUCAUCGUCUUCAUCCUCUCUGGUAGUGACACAAUUUGAAGGUACCAACUAUAAUGUCUAUGUGAUCCUUAAACAUUAUAUAACAAUUCCAAUUCUUAUUGUUAGUAUUCUAUGCAUAAUAGUCACGCUGAUAACGGUUACACGACGUGGCCUUUGGCGAACAACAGUCACGUACAUUGUUGUACUGGCUAUUGUUGAUCUAUUCACUUUACUAUCAUUGUGUAUCUUAUCAAUGGAUUAUUUUAUUAUACCAGCACUACCUGAAGGAUUAUAUACACGAAUGUAUCAUUUAAUUGAAACAAUAUUAGAUGAAUUAGUUGAUACCUUAUUGUUAAUAUCAAAUUGGUUGACUGUACUGAUUGCUACUGAACGCUAUUUCGCUGUAUGUCAUCCACUAAAAGUACGUUUCAUUGAUCGAAGAUACCGGCGUAUUUUUAUCUUCUUUGUUAUUUUGACAAGUAUACUAAUUAGACUACCAGGAUUUAUUAUAUUAGGCUUUAGAACAGAGAUUAAUCUACCGUAUAUUUUAGUAUUAUUUCGUAAGCUGUACAUAUGGAUUGUGCAAAUCAUUUUGCUGUUAAUUAUUCCAUUCAGUAUUUUAACAUUUGUCAAUAUUCGAUUAAUUCAAACUGUACGCUACUCUUCGCAUUUAAUUAAAAGAAGAUAUAAAAGGUCAAAAAAAGAGACAUCAGUAACCUCGAAUUCUGUAAAAUCAGAGGCAGGAUUACUGCAGAGAAUACAAUCGUGUUGUUGUUGUAUUUCUAGUCAUCGCUGUCACACAUUAAAAUGUAAAAUAUUCUGUUGUAAUUCAUUGAAUUUAAAAACGGACAGAGUGAACAGUUGUCAUCUGCAUUCAUUGCAUCAACAGAAUGGAUCAAAUAUAAUUAUGAAUAAAAGUGAACUGUUACAAGCCACUGAUUUAUCACCAAUAAAUUCUCCGACUGGUUUAACGGCUAGUGAACCAACCGGUGCUCAAAUUGGACGAUCACACAGGGAAGAAAAAAAGAUUACUAUUACUCUAGUUUGUUUAAUUAUUACCUUUUUUAUUUGUCAAGGUCCAUUUGUUUUAACUACUGUUAUUAUGAGUUAUAGUGACUCACAAUUAUACAGAUCAGAUACCAGUACAAUUAUCAAUAAUACUUUAUUAUUUUUUAAGAUGUAUACAGAUAAAAGUAAUGUUGAGACAGAGACAGUGAUUAAACCCUUUGACGCUGUCCAUUACAUAAAUUCAAUAUCUAUCAUUGCAUUAGCUUUGAAAAGUGACCUGUCAUUUUUCUUCUACUGUUGGUUCUGUGAUCGAUUUCUAUUCGCACUGAAGAAAAUGAUGCAUUAUAAUUGUUUGCGACGAUCUCGUUAUCAUCAUCACCAUCAUCAUUAUCGUCAUAAUUAUUACCAUAAUCAACAACAACAACAUCACAAUCACCACCACCAUCAUCAUAAUCAUCAUCAUCAACACGGCAGUCAUAAUCAAACUCGUCAAAAGCAUAUCCUGUGCAAUAGUCAUCCACAAUUACAGAAAUUCACUAAACCUCGACAUAAUCAAGAAAUUAUUGAAUUGAAUAUGCCAUCCGGUGGCAGUCUGCUGCCUGACUAUCAGUUACCUCAUCAUCAUUAUAAAUAUGGUGGUGAAUAUUAUCAAUAUCGUAUCCCGUCUGAUAUGAGUAGUAGUCAACAGAAAGUUUUGAGGUAUAAAAAACCUGCACCACUACCAUUCAAUCUUUCUAAGCAUAAACGUAUACCUGUAAUUAAUUUACCGAUGAAUUCAAAGUUUUCUUGGUCAUCACCAAGUUGUUCAGAUAAUUCGCAUAAAUGUUCAUCGCCUAAAAAGCGAAGCAGUUCACUUGGUCCUUCGAAAGGUCGAGUAAAAUCAUUGAAUAGUUUAAAAAUGAAUAUGUGAAUUAAUGUAAACUCAUGUAAUUUAAAAAAAUAUGUGAUUAACUUUGUUUUUAUUUGUUUUAUGUAUAUAGU